AACAGUAACAUAGCAGCAGCGACUUGUUCCUUCUUACGUCCCAUCUCUCUUUCUUUCUCUCUCCAUGAAAUCGAAUCCCAAAACCGGCCUCAAUUCUAGCUUUUAGCCGGCUAAAGCCUCUAUGCUCUCCUCUUUCACACUUUAUAACUCAACUCAACCACAAGCUGAACAUCACUCUUCACUCUUCACACACCCACCUCUUCCUCUUUUCUCUCUUUCUUUUAGCUAACUCCUAUCAGACCCUUCCAAUUUCACGUUCAAAGCUUACUUUCAUGGUAAUCUUGGAUCUUAACCUUACUGUGGCUUCUGGUGGUUCAAGCUCCUCUUCUGGGAGUUUGGGUUCCACCGUCCUCAAUGGAGACAGUUCUGAAAAUUACUCCUCUUCAUCCGAGUUAAACGCUCCCACUCUUUCUUUCAGUAUCUUGAAAGUCAACAACCAUGAUGACAAGAAUUACAACACCAACUAUGAUACUGUUGGGCAACUGUGUGACGGUGAAGAGGUGGACAACACGUCCGCCACCAUUCAGUUUUUUCCGGAGGGUAAAGGGAAGCCUUCACUUUCAAAUAGACUUCACAGUUUGAAUCAUCUUCUUGACGGGCUGAACGCUUCUAACAAGUUAAAGCCCCAGCCGCAGCCCAUGAAGAAAAGCCGGCGAGGACCGAGGUCAAAAAGCUCGCAGUAUCGCGGUGUUACGUUUUACAGGCGGACUGGGAGAUGGGAGUCCCAUAUCUGGGAUUGUGGAAAGCAAGUCUACUUGGGAGGUUUUGACACGGCUCUUACUGCGGCAAGGGCAUAUGAUCGAGCGGCAAUCAAGUUUCGUGGUGUUGAUGCCGAUAUAAACUUUGAUAUUGGCGAUUACAGUGAAGAAAUUCAAUCGAUGAGUUCUUACUCAAAAGAAGAAUUUGUGAACGUUCUGCGCCGCAAUAGCAAUGGCUUUUCUCGAGGAUCGUCGAAGUACAGGGGAGUGACCCUGCACAAAUGUGGGCGAUGGGAAGCUCGAAUGGGGCAGUUUCUGGGCAGGAAGUAUGUAUAUCUUGGGCUGUUCGACACCGAGAUUGAAGCGGCGAGGGCUUAUGACAGGGCUGCCUUGAAAUUCAAUGGAAAUGACGCGGUCACCAACUUUUCCUCAAGCUUGUAUGAGGAAGAGAUGACUGUUGACACUGGCGCUGUGGUCAAUGAGAAUCUUGACCUGAAUUUGGGAAUUGCUCCCUCUCAUUCGCCUGGGGGCCAAAAGGAGAAGAGCAAUCCGAAUGGCCGGAAUGAGAUGCCCAUUGAUUUUGGGGCUGGGACUGGGAGUUUUAUACCAGCAACAAUGAAGGUUCCAUCACAGCAUGGGACUGUUAUGGUGUCUGGGAACCCUCCUACCUGGAGUGGUGGAUAUUCCCCUUCCUUUCCAGUCUAUCAGGAAAGAGCAAUAGAGAAGAAUCCCACAGGGGCAUGGCAAUCUGAGGCCACGUACAAGGGACCCCCUUCUGUGCCAAUCUUCUCUACUGCAGCAUCAUCAGGAUUCUCAGCUACAAAAUUCACUGUACCUUCAGCUGCCGCUAAUCAAUUUGACUAUCCAAAUUCAGCAAUCCUUCGCCACCUUUAUUCUCUUUCAAACACCAACGUCGCCCCCUACAACACCUCCUGCAUCCCCCGUGACAUCCCUCACAACCCCCCUUGGUACUAUCGCAGGGGCUGAGUGGUAAAAGAAAUGAAAAGCAACAGUAGUUACAUUGUGUGGAUUUAAUCAGUUCUUAAUGUAGUGUGUUUUAGCCAUCCAUGUUUCUUUCAUAUGUAACUCCCGAGUGUUAUUCUGUCUGAACUUCAAUUUAAUCUCCUUAAAAGAGGAAGAAGCAUGUUCCACUCAGGACAUGUUUGAGCUCAGAAAAUCUGUGUUGUUUUGCCAAGGCUCUCAGGAAAGGAAAAACAGCUGGAAAGAGCAGAAAAGUUUGGUUUGCAAGAAGUCUUGUUAUAAGUCAAGUUCUGAAAAAUAGCUUGUAAUAGUUGAACUCUACAUAUUAUGUUGAUGCAGUGAAUCUAGUUUGCAUUCUAGUGUGUUGAGUGUUUGUACUUUCUGAAUGUCUUUCAGCUCUUUAAUGAAGAAGUUUGUUAA